CGUAUAAACAUGACCCGUUUCGCGGGGCAUGUCUGGCCCAGCUGCUGCCACGGCCCUCCACAGCCUCCGCCUCACAGCUGCCUGAGCCAUGAACGUCGUAGGGCCUCUCCUGCUGCUCUGGACAGGGACCCAUUUCUGGAGCAGCUCUGAAGCUGCUAGUCUGCCUUUGCCAACACCACAGAUGGACUGCAGUGUUUACCAGGAGUAUCCUGUGACGGCCAUCCCCUGCCCCAUCACCUAUAAGCCCAUCUGUGGUUCUGACUACAUCACCUACGGAAACGAGUGCCACCUGUGUGCUGAGAGCCUGACCUCCCGUUCCUGUCUGCAAACCGAGGGAGUCCAGUAAGACCAGGACCUCACACACUCCGUCCCCGGAGCCCAGAGGUUCUGCAGAGGCGAGUCAGGAGUUCCGAAAGGGUGUGAAGGGAUCAACUCGGUCUCUGGCCCCAAGCUCAGCUUUUGACGAUUUUAAGUAGUGGAGUUCUAUCAAGUACUUUGUUUAAAGAAAGUGCCUUGAACCCCACCCUAGAAAACACUGAAAAACUGUGAUCCUAUGUAAGACUUAAAGGCCAUACAGUUUAAUUCUUAGACAGACUGGCGGGAGGGCCUUUAUCCUCUUGAAUUUCAUAGUAGCUCUAAAUACCUGUAGCCUUAGGAAAAUGGGGUAAGACCACUGCAAAGAUUUUUUUCUUUUACCUAAAAGAGGGACGCGAGAUGCAAUGCUUGGCCUGCAACAUGCUUUGAAGGCAGCAUAACUAGGCAGAGUCGCUGCUUUGGUGGAGAAGAGGCAUCUUGGCAUUUACUGUCUUACCCCGGGUUCACUUUGCUCAUUGUUAACUCUCUCACAGACUACUGGAUUUGGGUCAGUCACCUUAGAUCACUUGCAGUUUUCAUCUUUUGGAUAAUUUCGACAAGUUAAACUAUCAGGGGGGGCCCUGAGCCUUUCAGGAUAUGUGUACACAUUUAUGUUAUUCAGAAACUUUCAUUUUACAAAAGGGAGGAUUCUCUGACAUGCACGCACACACACAAGGACCAUGGCCCAGACACGAGCGGUGUUCAAGGGCCCCAGGGGACGUGCCGAGGCCCUGCUGCCCAGGGAAAGCUACGGGGCAGGCCACCUCGGUCGGCACCUCCUCCCGGAAGCCCUCCUUUGUUGCCGUGAGACUGAUCAGCCCAAGCUCUGGAAUCGGUGGAGACAGCAGGUGGGAUGGAAGCAACACUGGCUAAGGAAACUCCGUGUCUGUGUCUGUCUCGGUCAGAAACUGCCUGAGGCAAGGUCAUUCUUUUCAGGGAUUCAACUCCCUUCCUGUACAAGUAGGUCCUGCCUCAUAAUCUCUAUGGUUCCUGUCAGCGUUACCAUUGUAAAAGUUUCCUUCGGUGCUAAUGGCUCUUGCUAACUGCGCCUU